AUGGAUUUGGAUUCCGAGCCGGAGUUGAAGCUCUCAUUACUCAUUUAUCAACUAAUCACUAUCUACGACACUACGGCUCCAAACUCAGAGUUCAUAUCAGUCACUAGAGGGAUUUACUCUCUCAUCAACUCUAUGGAUUUGGAUUCACAGCCGAAGCCGGAGUUGGAGUCGGAGCUCAUAAAUGUCAUUAAGCAAAUAAUCUCUCUUGUCAGCUCUAUUCCGGAUGAUGAACCGGAGUCAGAGCUCAAAUCACUCUUGACUGAACUAAUCUGUCUCAUAAGCUCUAUGGAUUCUGAUCAGGAUCCGAAGAAGGAGCAAGUGCCGGAGCUCAUGUUACUCAUUACUCAAGUAUUAUUUUAUCUCCCUUAUUUGGCUUCAGGGGGUUCGGAGCUCGGUUCCCACAUUAAUCGAUUAUGCUCUCUCGUUGUCCCUAAGAAGUCUGAGGCGAAGCUGGAGCAUCAAACUUGUAUGGAUUCAGAUUUGGAGCCGGAAUCAAAGCUCAUAUCACUCCUUUCUCAAUUUCUCGAUAUGAAAUCGGGUUCGGAGCUCAUAUCACACAUCCAUCAAGUAAUCUCUUUGGUCAUCUCUAUGGAUUUGGAUUCACAGCCUAAGCCGGAGUCGAGGCUCAUGACACUCGCUACUCAAACAAUCUCUUUUGUCAAGUCUAUGGAUCUGGAUUCGCAGCCUAAGCCGCUGACGGAGUUCAUAUCACUCAUUAUCUCAAGAACAUCUACUCUGUUUGGAAUGGAGCUCUUACUUAUUGAUGACAUACUUGGAUCUCGAGCCGGAGCCGGAGCUCAUGUCACUCAUCCAUCAAAUAGUCUCCCUCGCCAUCUCCAUGGAUUCAAAGUGGCAGAAGCUUAUUUCCGUGUGCCCUCAAGUAGAGCUUGUGUGGAGAAACCACCACUCUUAUCUAUAGAUCAUCCAAAGUGGCAUGAGCAUACACUUUCUCACUUUCCAAGACAAGCUUCCUUAACUUGCGACCUCUGUGCCUUGACAGAUUCAAACUCUCAUUUCUAUCUAUGUCUCCUUUGUGACUUUGUGGUCCAUCAAAGCUGUCUCUGCUUGCCACAUGUCAUAAGGAUAUCUCGCCAUCCCCAUCGAAUCUCGUUUACACCUUCAUUUGGCCAAGGAAAUUGGGUUUGUGGUGUUUGUCGCAGAGAGAUCAACAAUGACUACGGAGGUUAUUCUUGCAUCAAGGAUGGUUGUUCCUACGCGGCUCAUUCAAAAUGUGCCACACAAAGCAAUGUGUGGGAUGGUAAAGAGCUAGAGGGAGAGCCAGCAGAAAUUGAAGAAGAAGUCAAGCCGUCGUUUGUGAGGAUAAGUGAUGGUAUUAUUCAACAUUUCAGCCAUGAACAUCAUCAUCUCAGACUUGAUGAGAAUGCCGACAGAGAUUUCGACGAGAACAAGCAGUGUGAAGCAUGCAUCACGCCGAUCUAUUUCGGCAACUACUACUCGUGUAUGCAAUGUGAGUUCAUACUACAUGAAACAUGUGCAAAUCUUUCUCGCAAAAUGCAUCACCCGAUACAUCCACAUCUGCUUACUCUAGUGACAGGAUAUGACCGUGUUAUAAAAAUAAGUCCUCAUACCAGGAUCUAUGAGAGUUCAUGUUCAGCUUGUCCUUGGUUGUGGACAGCUGGUUUCUUCUAUGAGUGCGGUGAAGAAGGAUGUCAAUUUAAGUGUGCUACUAUACCUCAAAAGGUGAGGUAUAAGCAUGAUAAGCACAUGCUCGUUCUUUCUUAUGGGAAGGAGACAAGUACAAUGACGUAUUGGUGUGAAGCUUGCGAGGGAAAGAUAAAUCCGAAGAAGGGAUUUUAUAAGUGUGAUGAGUAUUGUUGUGUUACCUUACACAUUGAUUGUCUGAAUGGGAAGGACUUAUACAUGAAGCCUGGUGCAUCGUGGUUAUACUACGAUAAAAAAGUAGGUGUUCUGCCCAACAAUCAGCAUAUGUCCCGACCAUUUUGCUACUAUUGUAUAUGUGACCUAAUAGCUUGA